GGGGAUCAUCAUUCGACCACAGGCUCUCUCACAGUUCAGACGUUCUCUCUUUUCUUUCUCUCUUUGACUUCCCUGUUCAAAAGUGAGUGCACCCCCCAGUUAAACAAACAAAUUUCGGCCAAUCAAUUUUCAUUCAUUUCCGGUUUCAUUUUGCCAAUCAACGGAAGAAAUUCAUUUUCGGCCUAUUAUUUAAAAAAAAACAAACAAAAGUUCAAAGUUCAACCAAACCAACAAAUUGUCGACAGUGGUCCAGCGCAGUGUGACAUGACGAUCUUGACCCCGUCGACGAGCCCCAACAGUUGCAGCUCUUCACCUUCCGGAAUGGUUUCCGUUCAUCCGUCGCCGCUCUUCGUCAACCAGCACCUCCAGCAUUUGAUGCACUUCAACGGCCUGAGCAACAAGAGCAGCGGCCUCAACCAGUUCGCCAGUGCCAUGGAAGACCAGCCGAAUAAGGCCAGCAGCCGGGCCUCGCCCAUCUCAUCGACGACAGUAGUGACGGCCAGCUCCUCAUCGCCGCCCGUCGUCAGUCCACCAAAGCCUAAAAUCGGUUUCUCCAUCGACUCGAUCGUGGGCACGGCCAGCAGCAGUUCCAACAACAACCGCCCGGCCUCGUCGUCGUCCCAUUCCUCGGCUUCCGACGGAAGCCGCUCGGCCAGUCCGCCCGAUGUUCCUUUGCUGCCGGCCAGCAACAAUCAACGACUUGUGCACCACGAAAGCGGUUUCCAGUCGGUCAGCCCGCGUCCGGGCUCGUCCGGCGGCACUCCGGUUUCGGUCCGCUCUGAACCCGAGUCUUCGCCCAUCGUCGCACCUCCUCCGCAUCCGCAAAUGAUGCCCGGAUGGCCUCUGCCUCCUCACCAGCAACAACAGCAACACGCAGCCAUGGGGCCGGCCUACUUUGAGGCCUUGGCCAGCAUGCGAGCCCUUUACGCUCAGCAGCAGCAGCAGCCGUUCCAUCCUCACAUGAUGAUGGCCGGACCUCCGCCUCCGCCCGGCGCAGGCAAUCACCCCUGGUGGCUCUUGGCGCAGGCUCGCCAGCAGCAACAGCGGCUAUUGGCCGUCGCCGCCCAUCAACGUUUUCCCGCCGGUCCAGGUGAUUUGGCCGGAUUCCUCCUGUCGCCGUUCCGCAAGCCGAAGCGCGUGCGAACGGCCUUCUCGCCCAGCCAACUGCUCAAGUUGGAACACGCGUUCGAAAAGAAUCACUACGUCGUCGGAGCCGAGCGCAAGCAGCUGGCCCAGAAUCUCAACCUCACCGAAACUCAGGUGAAAGUCUGGUUUCAAAAUCGGCGCACCAAGCACAAGCGUGUCCAGCAGGAGGGUGACGAUCCAGCGCCAGGCAGCGGCAGUAAGAAAUCCGGCGGUGGUGGCGGCAACCACGCCGGCUCCUCCGAUCAGAUGAUGAUGAGCGACGACGAAGACAAUUCCGACAUUGAUCUCGAAGUGUCAGACGACGAGGAUUUCCUCCACCACAAUCCGUCGGCGGGUAAUCAUCCGCACCACGAUCGCCGGAUGAUUUACAGUUGAUUCCCACGUUGUUGACCGAGAACGGACAACACGACACACACACCACCGAAUGUUUUUAUCUUUUUCUUCUUUGAAAAUUCUUCUCGACUUCAUUAUUGUAAUUUUCACAUGCAAA